ACCUUAAGGUGCGAUACUUGCCGCGCGCGCACCUAACCUCCUCAAUGUGUCCGGCCGUAGCGCCGCCGUUCUCGGGUGAUGCGUGAUCGCAGUGUCGGUCCGCCAAGCAACUCGUAUCAAUCGUUCCUCUCACUCUCUUUCUCUUUCUCUCUCUCUCGCUCUUUCUCUCUCUCUCUGUCUCUCUCUCCUAGUUUGCAAUCUUCGUCGCACGCAAACAAAUAAUAUAGCACUAUUCCUAUGAUCAGCAGAAUGGAAAACCCGGAGGAGGUGCUGCAGGCUCUGGACGAGUUUCAGAAGUUGCGCCCAAGCGAGAUCCCUAAAGAACUUGAAGAUUACUUGUGCUGGGUUGCGAAAACCGGCGACCCCGUUUACCAAUGGGGCUUAGUCAAGGCGCUUUUUCGUGAGAAGCUCACUCGCGUCAUUACUGAGUUCUACGAGAGCUGUCCGUCACUCGACCUCACUCCCUGUCCCAAUGUCGAGCCAUUCAAUUAUGAUGCGAUGAAGAGGAAUCUCGUCGAAAGGCUGGAGAAUUUUGUUAAUGCACCAUUUACUGUGCAGCGAAUUUGCGAGUUGCUCACUACACCCAGAAAGGAGUACAACAGGGUAGACAAGUUCAUGAGAGCCAUCGAGAAGAACAUUUUGGUGGUCUCCACAAGAGAGCCUGGAGCCAAUGGUAGACGCAGUGAGAAUGGCGACAACCUGGUCAAUGGUUCAGUUGAUGAUGAGAGUUCUCACCAUGAGCAGAGUAGCAAUGAGGUCGACAUGGAAAAUUGGGUUAAAGACUGUACAGCCAGCACCACUGUGCCUCUACACAACGAGGAAGCCGAGAACAUGGAGAAUGGCUUGAAGAGCAGGAUAGAGCCGCAAAUUUCUGUGGCCGAUGCAACUGCAUCUAGCUUUGUUGUCAGCUCCUCCAAUGAUUUCUCGCCUACAACUACUGUUUCCAGCCAAGAUAAUAUAGCAGUGCAAAAUUUGAGUGGUGUCCACCAUGAGGCUACUGGAACUAUCAUUGGAGAUGUAUCAGAUGUCAUUAUGAAUGAAGAUACCAGUUCCCAGCCUAGUUUGGAGUUGGAAAGCGACGAGAGUGACAGCAAUGACUCCAAAAAGCUCCAGACUACGUUCCAGGCGAAAGACUUUAUGUUGGAAGAAGAAAAAUUAACUAAGGAAUAUUCAAAAGCUGUUACAGAGAAGAAACCUGGUGGAAGUAUUGAGGACUCUGAAGUUGUUAACAAGGAUUGUGAAAAGCUUAUCACAUCUACUUAUGCUGAUGAGACUGAUGCUGCUGCUGGUGACUUAAUUAGUACUGAUAAGACGGACAAUGUUGACGGUGAGUCUGCAGUAAAUGAGGUUGAAAAGGUACUUCUGAAUGAAGCACAAACUAGUGAGUCAAGUGAAUUAGAAUCUAAUGCUCCUAUAGACAAUUUUGUACCAGUGGAAGAAAAUUUAAAUGUAAAGAAUGACAACAAGGAGAGUUUUGUUGUAGACUCAACAGAAAGUCUGAGCAAGGAAACAUGUGACACUGAUGCAAAAAUAGAUAGCAAAAUUGAAUCACCAGAAAAGAGUGUCUCAAAUGUGACAGAGUCAAUUGAAUCUUCUGCAAGCCAAGCUGCUGAACAGGUAGUACCUGCACAGCCUAUCACAGCCGAAUUAAUCAAGCCAAUUGUAGAGGAACCCCUUGUAGAAACGACUGAUCCUACUACCACUACUAGUGUUAAGCCAGAAAGUGCUGAACUAACGAUAGAGGAAACUACAGAAGAGGAGGUAAAGCCAACAAAAUCCAUAGUUCCAGAUCCUAUUCCUAUUGUUGAAGAGCCCAAGGAGGCUGAAUUAUCAUCCAAAGACUGGGAAAAUUCCACGUCUCAAGCAGAAGAGAUGAAAAAGGAUAUAGAAGCAACUAUUAAUAAUGGUUUGACAGAAUCCUUGGAGCAGCAAGACGAUAGUAGCAAAAUGGUUGUGACUGGCAGUGAAGAAACUCCAACGAUCAAGGCAGUCACAGUAGCAGCGGAAUCGAUGGAGGUAGACAGUGAGGCGGCAGCAGCACAACAGGACGAGCCAAUGGAGCAGGAGAUGACUGAGGCUAUGAGCAGUUAAUGACGAAACGUAUCCUAGGAACUCUGGUCUUUUUCUACAGAUUAAUGUAAUCGUCGAUGCGCAAGGCUAAAGCAAAACACACUUGUGUACAGCGCCCCUUGAUUUUUUUAAAACAAAAUAAAUUUUUGCUACCCCCGUGACACUGCAUAGAUAGUACGAAAAGAGUGGUUUUGCUGACGAUGACGACGAUGACUGAGUCCCGCCAGCAGGGAUUAACUUCUUUUCGAAUUGACUAUAUCUCUUCCUAUAUGCAGGAGCGAGCGAUCACUGCCUGUUCUAUCUGAAUAAUGAUAAUCACGAGAGUGAGGGACUCGACAUACACACAUGCUGACAAUUUUACACAACCUAUCUGUAUACGUCGCGUAUUUAAUUUAAUUUUUCUUUUUUUCAUUUGAACCGAUGAUAUUUGUAUACGAACUUAAUAUUUCCUUUUCUUUAUCGUAGAUUUUGUAACGCGGAAAGACGAGACUCGUUAGACUCUAUUGUUGAGUUUGGGCAGCUCUUUCUUUUUUUCUUUUUUUUUUUGUAGUAUCGUUAAAAAAAACUGUGAACGAUUUAGUGGGGAAAGAAAAACAGUUCGUUUUUUUUCUUCUCAUCCUUUGACAGCGACGUGUAUUUUGUAAUGCAUAUAGUGAUAACGUAAAUAAGUUUGAAUUAAGAAUUGUAAAAUCAGUAAUUAUAAAAGCCUAUGAGUAUAGUUUAAGAUAGCUGUGUAUAAUUAUUUUAUAGUAAAAUACAUGGAGAUUACUAACAAAUGAUGAAAACAAAGAUUGGCUGGCAUAAUUUUUUAUUUGUGUUCCUCGACUUUCCUGUAUUUCUCUUUCUUUUUAUUGCUUUAUACACAACCAAUUGUGCGAGACGAAUAUUUUUUCCUCAGAACUUUAUUUCUUAGCGCAAUAAAUGUGCCGUGUAGAUUUAAAAAAUGUAAUAACGAUCUAUAAUAUUCAAAUAAAAGAUUUCGU